GGAGGAGCGGAUCGUGCGGACGGACUGACGCAAAGCCGACCGGAGGACUUUCAUUUAUUGACAACAUGUUACGCUUCUGGCAGCAGACGACACGGAGGAGCAACCGGGGCGAGACGAAACCAGGGAGCCUCCAUCACCAGUGACUUGCUGGUUUUGAUGCGCGUUUGAUUAGGAAGAUGGUGCUUUCAGGUGCAGGUGGAGAACUGUAAACGAGUUUGAGGGACAAAAGGGACCACUCAACCUACUUUUUGAAGGAUAGAAGUCACUGGAGCCUGAUCUUGAGAGGAUGCCAGGUUUUCCCCACAGCUGUGUGCUGUGCUAAAAGUCCCCGAGGCAGAGCUAUGGGCUGUGGGGGGAGCAGGACCGAUGCUCUGGAGCCUCGAUACCUGGAGAGCUGGACCAAAGAGACGGAGUCGACGUGGCUGACCAGCACGGACACUGAUAUCCCCCUGUCGUCCAUCCAGAGCAUCCCUUCUGAUAACUCAGAGGCCGGCUUCUCUUCGGAGAAAACAAUCAGCCCUGUUCCAGAUUUCUUUGAGGACAGCCUCCCUCUCCCGGCUCAGGCUUACCUCACGGUGUGUUCGGCCGUGUCUGAAGUCAGUCUGAACGACGUGAAGCCCAGCAGCCCCCCUGCAAUACUGGGCUCUCCGCCCAGUGAGGCGGUGUCGCCGUCAUCAGGCACGACAGUGCAGCGCAGGAGUGUUCUACACACUGAAGAGAUUACUAAAUGGCAGGACAAUCGGAUGUCGACCAAGCAAGUGACCAUCACGGUGACGCAGAGCAUCCAUCAGGUGGACAAGAACGGGAAGGUGAAAAACUCCCUCACCACCUACGAGGUUAUGAAACCCGUGGAAAGCCUCAAACAGGCAGCCGCACACAACACUUGAGUGCAGGAGAGACUGUAGGAAGAAGACUGUGAAACAAGGGAACUGACGAAAGCACAAGGGACUCUACAAGUUUCAUCGUCAUAUUGAAAAUAUGGCUCAUUCUCUAAAAACAAAAACAAUGUAUCUAGUUCUUAAUACAGUCAAAUGUACUUCUAUGGUGCCUGUUGCAACAAUGUCUUGCUGUACUAUAGAACAUACUAAAACUGUGGAUUAGUCAGAGAAAAUACAGAACCUGACAUUUGACAGUGCAUACAGUAUCAGACCAAAAAUAAAUGAAGAAUUCAUAGUUUAUUACAGAAGACAGGAAAUCACUUCUUAGCACGUUUCAAAUUUCUCAAGUGACCUAGAAUCUAAGAAGCCUUCUCAUUGCUAUUUCACGAUGCUUUUGAGGAUUAAAUAUAUAUAUAUACGUGUAAAGCUAUUAUUACAGUAUUAUUUCACAUUAGUGAAUAUUCACAAGCUACGCAUAUAGUUUUGUUCUUUGACACAGAUACAUAACAUGUAGUUGCUGCUGUGCUACAAUCUAAAUGGCUCAGGAAACUGAAACUGAUCGUGACGAUUGCAGUAUUUACAGUGAAGCCUGGAAAGGAGUUUGUGAAGACAAUGUAAAGCAUUGUCUUUCUAAGUCGUGUCAUUUUGUACAAUACGGUGUUACAUUUUCUUAUAUGGUCGUUCGUGUUUUCUAAUGACAAUAAAAUUUAACAAAAACACGUAUGGUCCUUGUAAAUGACUUCAUAUGUUUUACUGACAAAAACAUGGGAUGAACAAAUUGGCACAAAUAACAUGGACUUUCUGGGAUCAUCAGACAUUAGACAUUAUAUCUGUACAGCAUGUCGAAUUGUGACAUCCUCUCUGGGAGCUUGCGUGUGUGUACGAGCCAUCGACUAACGAUUGCAGAGUAUCCGAGCGGUCCUCUGGGGAUCAGAGACUGUAGACGGCAGGUCUGGGGUCAGCUUUGCUUUGAAAGUGUGUGAAUCUGUUUUUUAAGGUCGUAAUGUAUCCUUCCCGAUCGAAACGAUGGCUCCUCCUUCUCCAUCCACU